UUUCCUAUUUUCAUCACUUGCACUGUAAGAAAUCAAACGUCGUCGUCUCCUUCAUCUACAUUCCUCCGCCGUAAUGUCCGACACUGUAGCAGACGAAAUCCCGGUCACCGGAGAAAUGCAUCAAACUCGUGACACCGAACAACAACCACCACAAUCGGCAGAGAAUAUUUCAGAUAAGAUGGAGAAGAUGAACAUUUCUGGUUCAUCCUUCAGCAUUUGGCCUCCAACUGAGCGAACCAGAGACGCCGUAAUCAACCGUCUCAUCGAAACACUUUCCACUCCGUUCGUCCUCUCCAAGCGCUACGGAUCGAUGCCUUCCGACGAAGCUUCUUCCACCGCUAGAGCUAUUGAAGAGGAGGCCUACAACGCCGCCGCCGAUUCUUCCAUCGCUGCAUCUUCUGGUCCAGGUUCCUCCAUUGAUGAAGGUAUCGAGAUUCUUCAGGUUUAUUCUAAAGAGAUUAGUAAGCGGAUGCUUGACGCUGUCAAAUCUAGGGCUGCAACUCUUCCAUAUGAGGACUCUGCUGCACCUGAAUCCAAUCGUGCCACCAUUGCAAGUGAGGAAGUUUCAUCUUCCGUUGAUAAUGAAUCUUCGUCUUAG